UGGGUUUUUAAAAAUUAUUUUUUGUUGUUGGGUUUUUGUUUGUUUGUUUUGUUUGAUUUGGUUUGGUUUGGGGUUUUUGUUUUUUAAGAAUGUAAAGGAAGAACGUCAGAGGAAGCUGUACUAAAGCGAGGCUGCGCAGGGCGCAGAAAAGGCAGUCAGAGGGUGGCGCCUUUUUAAAGAAGGUUCCAUUUUCACCCUAAAGCUCAGGCCGUACCACCCCCCGCCCCCGUUUUCCUCCCUCUGUCAGCCUACUAUUCCCCAGCCCCACUCCUGGCACGAUCGGAUCGCCUUUAAACCAGUCGCAGCUCCAUUCCAGACGCCCUUCUUCUCAGGCCGGGCGGUGAGCUGAUGGCCCAAGUUCGGGACUUGCCCUCCGGCUCUUUGGUCCGCUGGAGCUCGGGAGGUGGGGGAGGAGCCUCUCCCGAGGAGGCGGCUGAAAAGGCGGGGGAAAUGGAGAAGGAGGCGGUGGGGGCGGCAAAAGCCUGUUCAGGCCAGGGAGCUGAGGAGAUGAAGCUGGAGCCGUUGCAAGAGCAUAAGCCUCCUCCGGAGAACUUGACGUGGAGUGACAGCGGCGGCGAUAAGAACGUGUUCCCUUCAACUCCCCCUCGCUGUUACAGCAGCUCCUCGCCCCUCUGCCCGCGCCGCAAGCCCCGUCCUCGGCCCCAACCCCGGGCCCGCUCCCGAGGCCCGCCUGGGCUCUCGGCCCCACCCCAACUUCCAUCCCAUCCUCCCACUCCGCCUCUGACCCAACCCCAGCCCUGGCGCAGACUUCGGCGUAGAUCCAAGCAGGGGUCUAGGCCCCAGAGGCUACAAGGCUGUUUUAGUGACCUAGGUGGCUCUGGGGAUCCAGGUGGUUUAGGGGACUGGUUGCUGGAGGUGGAGUUUGGUCAGGGUCCUACAGGCUGCUCUCAUGUGGAGAGCUUUAAAGUGGCUAAGAACUGGCGGAAGAACCUGAGGUUGAUUUAUCAGCGUUUCAUAUGGAGUGGGACCCCAGAAGCUAGGAAACGUAAGGCAAAGUCGUGUAUCUGUCAUGUAUGUAGUACCCAUAUGAACAGACUACACUCCUGUCUUUCCUGUGUCUUUUUUGGCUGCUUUACUGAGAAACAUAUUCACAAACAUGCAGAAACAAAACAGCACAAUUUAGCUGUAGACCUCUAUCAUGGGGUUAUAUAUUGCUUUAUGUGUAAGGAUUAUGUAUAUGACAAAGAUAUGGAACGAAUUGCCAAAGAAACAAAAGAGAAAAAUGAGAAAUUACUAACUUCCACCUCAACAGAUGUUUCUCAACAACAGUGUAUGACAUCAGGUGUUGAAGAGAAGCAUUCAAACUGUGAGUCAAAGGAGCAGGAGCCAAAAUUGGUGAAACCCAAGAAAAAGAGGAGAAAAAAGUCAGUCUAUACCAUAGGCCUAAGGGGUCUAAUCAAUCUAGGGAACACAUGCUUUAUGAAUUGUAUUGUCCAGGCACUUACCCAUAUUCCUCUAUUGAAAAAUUUCUUUCUCUCUGACAAGCAUAAAUGUAUAAUGACAAGCCCUAGUUUGUGUCUUGUCUGUGAAAUGUCUUCUCUUUUUCAUGCUAUGUACUCUGGGAGCCGAACUCCUCACAUUCCCUAUAAGUUAUUGCAUCUAAUAUGGAUUCAUGCAGAACACUUAGCAGGGUACAGGCAGCAGGAUGCCCAUGAGUUCCUCAUUGCAAUAUUAGAUGUGCUGCAUAGACACAGCAAAGAGGACAGCGUUGUGCAGGAGGCCAAUAACCCCAACUGCUGUAACUGCAUCAUAGACCAGAUAUUUACAGGUGGCUUGCAGUCAGAUGUCACAUGUCAAGCUUGCCAUAGUGUCUCUACCACAAUAGACCCAUGUUGGGACAUCAGUUUGGACUUGCCUGGCUCUUGUGCCACAUUUGGUUCCCAGAGUCCAGAGAGAGCUGACAGCACAGUGAGUAGGGAUGACCACAUACCAGGAAUCCCCUCACUCACAGACUGCCUACAGUGGUUUACAAGGCCAGAGUACCUAGGAAGCAGUUCCAAAAUCAAAUGCAGUACUUGCCAAAGCUAUCAGGAAUCUACCAAACAACUUACAAUGAAGAAAUUACCUAUUGUGGCCUGUUUUCAUCUCAAGCGAUUUGAACAUGUAGGUAAACAGAGGCGAAAGAUUAAUACUUUUAUCUCCUUUCCCUUGGAGCUGGACAUGACUCCGUUUUUGGCUUCCACUAAGGAGAGCAGAAUGAAAGAAGGUCAACCACCAACGGACUGUACAUCCAACGAGAAUAAGUAUUCCUUGUUUGCAGUGAUUAAUCACCAUGGAACUUUGGAAAGUGGACACUACACCAGCUUUAUCCGACAACAAAAGGACCAAUGGUUUAGCUGUGAUGAUGCCAUCAUCACCAAGGCUACCAUUGAGGACUUACUAUACAGUGAAGGGUAUUUACUAUUCUAUCACAAACAGGGUCUAGAGAAAGAUUAGUCUUGCAAGACCACUUAUCAGAAAAAAAGUGAAAGAAAUAAAUAUGCCAGGAUCCUGAAGUGACACACAAACCUACCUGGAAUGGACAAUGGCAACAGCACCUAUAUGACAAGUAGCAACUUGAUAUGAAGAACUUAUUUUAUAGGUGGCUUAUGGGUCUGUAAGUGGAGAAAAUACUAGCUAGUGACCAUUCAGCCUUAAGAAAUGGGAGGAGGGAGAAGAGGUUGAAAAUGGUCACAUAAAGCAUAAUUAAGUGAAUAGAUUGCUUUAGGUGGGAAGAGUGGGAAAUGAGAUGUUCUGCCAGCGCUGUAUGUCAUUUGUUUCUACAAAAAUACCAUGAGCAAUCAGGGAGUAGUCCUACAUUAACAAAAAGCUUCACAAUUCGUGUUCUAGCUGUGGCUGAUUAGUCAAAUAGUUUUUAAAAAGAAUAUUGUAAAGAUAUUUUUUAAAAGUCUUAAAACAGUUCAAAAGAAAAAAAAACUUUAUUUUAAAAAAAUGUUUUAAAUGUUGAAAGAAUUUAAGUUAAAUAAAAGAAAUGUUUCAAAAUUUGCAAGUUUUUUAAUUUAAAAUUUUAGAAUGGUUAAUAAAAUAAGGCUUAAAAAGAAAUUUUAGAAAUUCUUAGUUUACAAAAGGUAAAAUGAAUAAAAGGACAAAGAUAAAAAAUGAAAGUUUACAAAAAAGUUAAAGUGAAAGAAAGUUUUAAAAGGAGGAAGGGAGCUCUUAAAAGUCUAAAUAAAAUGUUAACAUAAAUAACUCUUUAAAUUAGACCGUAAAACACUUGUAUUGAAAAAUGAGAUGUUAGCAAAAUUCAUGAAUAGUUUAAGAAAUAAAAUUUCCAAAAAUAUAGACUGGAAUGAAAAUUCAAAUUUAAGUUUACAGAAAAGUUUUAAAGGAAAAAAUUUAGAACAAUUCAACACAAAAAGAAUUUGUUUAAAUUUUUUUAAUUUUAAAAAUUUUAAAAAGGAAAAGUAAAAAGAAAAAUAAAGAAUUUUAGGAUAUAUAAACAACUUUAAGAAAGUCCAAUUUGAGAGAUUUAAAUAAGAGCUAAAUAUUUAAGCAAAAAGGAUAAAAAAUUUAAAGAAAAGCAUUUAAAUAAAAAUAAAAAAUUUAAAUUAAGAACAUUUAAGUAGAAAAAAUUAAAAUUUAAAAAACUUAAAUUUUUUUUAAUUUAAACAUUAAAAUACAUAUAGGUAUGAAAACUAAAAGGAGAUAGGAAUAACAAGAUAAAAAGCCUUGUUAAUAUUUUUGUUUGAGUUUUAUGUUGAUACAUAAAUAGAAUUUGAAAAAAAAAAAAAAAGUCCUAACCAUAAUUUUACUACUCAAUUGUGAGAUGAGUGGAAGGCUGGAACUUUAGCCCACAUUCUCUUUUCAGGUUCCACACCCCAUCUGAUUUCCUAAAGAGCUGUUUCUUGGGAAGAAUCAACAACAUCUGAGAAAGAUGAAAAUAGUAGGGACUCUCUCCCAUUUAGAACUCCAUUAUUCAUACAAAUUCUUUGUUACUGAAAAGUGGUUCUUGACAAUUUAGUGGCUUAGGAAUAUUAGAUCACAACUUAAGUUCUGGCUUUGAUGUUCAAGCCCCAUGGCCUCAUUGAAGUGGCAGGGACCCAUAUCUGAAGAGAUCCCACCCUCUCUUCCACUUCCCUCUCCAUAGGGAAACAAGACCUUUCAAUUUCUAUAGUAAAGCUAUGGGUUUGUGCCUGAUAAUCUUACUCAUUCCUUUACUCCCUCUCUUUUUUCCUUAUUCCAUCAUUCAUGCCUGGUUCCCUGAACUUCUUACUUACUUCCAUCCCUGAGUCCCAGCCUGUAGAGCUCCUUCUUUGACUGUUUCCCUGGUGGCUUCUAUUCCUCCUUCAAGACCCAACUCACAGAUGACUUCUCUAGAGCCUUUUCUGAAUGCUGUAGGCAGGUAUAUAUUGGAAAAUUUUUUCUUCCUCAUGCCUAUAUCCCUGUCUCUGUGCCUCAGAGUACUUUGUACCUCAAUAAUAUUCUACUGUGAUUCUACUGGAGCUUUGUGAUUGUUUCUGCCCCUCUGCACCAAGUAUUCUGAGAACAGGGGGCCACGCCUCAUUCAUUUCUGUGUUAAUAAAUGUUUGUUGAAUGUGA